AUGCCAGGCACAAAACAGUUUCAACGUGUGAUUGAGACCGCGGAGCCUGGCAAGUGGGAGUUGUCUGGGUAUGAGGCAGCCCUGCCCAUCAUAGAGAAGUCAAACCCACUGACCCGGGAUCUGGACAAAGCAGAUGCCGAGCAGAUUGUUCGAUUGCUGGGGCAACGUGAUGCUGAGAUCUUCCAGGAGGAGGGACAAAUCAGGCCCACAUGCCAGGUGACUCAGCCUGAGUCACCUCUGACCACCAUGGUAUAAGCAGCUGGAAAAGUCCAGGAAGUGCCGAAGGAGCCUGAGGGGGGUGCUGGUGGGGCUGAGUGGAGGGAUACCUCUGGCAGGAUGGCAUUCCUCAUGUCGGUCUCCUUUAACCAGCUGAUGAAAGGUCUAGGACAGAAACCUCUUUACACCUACCUCGUUGCAGGAGGUGACAGGUCUGUGAUGGCCUCUAGGGAGGGGAUGGAAGAUAGUGCCCUGGAUGGGAUCGAGGAACUGAAGAAGUCUGUGGCUGCUGGGAAGAAGAGGGUGAUUGUCAUCGGCAUUUCAGCGGGACUCUCUGCUCCCUCUGUGGCAGCCCAGAUGGACUACUGCAUGGAUAACCCAGCGGUCUUUUUGCCAGUCCUGAUUGGUUUCAACCCAGUGAGCAUGGCCAGAAAUGACCCCAUUGAAGACUGGAGUUCGACAUUUCGACAAAUAGCAGAGCAGAUGCAGAAACUGCCGGAGAAACAGAAAGCUUUUGUGCUCAAUCCUGCAACUGGGCCUGAGGGCCUCAGUGGCUCCUCCCAGAUGAAGGGUGGAAGUGCCACCAAGAUCCUGCUGGAAACCCUGUUACUGGCAGCUCACAAGACUGCGGACCGGAGCAUCGCAGCAUCUCCGAGAUGCCUUCUGGAAAUCCUGCGGACAUUUGAGUGGGCUCAUCAGGUGACCUAGAGUCAAAGCCCCAAGAUCACCACCCUGAUGAAGCAAGUCAGCACCAGCCUGGAGAAAAAAGGCUGAGUAUACCUGGUUGGCUGGCAGACCCUGGGCAUCAUUGCCAUCAUGGAUGGAGUAGAGUGCAUCCACACCUUUGGUGCUGAUUUCCAAGAUGUCCAUGGCUUUCUCAUUGGUGAUCACAGUGACAUGUUUAACCAGAAGGCUGAGCUCAACCAGGGUCCCCAUUUCUCCUUCUCCCACGAAGACUUCUUGACUUCCAUCCUGCCAUCCCUUGCAGAAACUGACACCGUGGUCUUCAUUUUGACCCUGGAUGACAACCUCAAGGAGGUGCAGAUGCUGGUGGAGCAGGUGAAAGAGAAGACCUCCAACAUCCAGGCCUUGGCACACAGCACUGUAGGGCAAUCCCUGCCGGAGAGGACCCCUCUGAAGAAGCUCUUUCCCUCCAUCAUCAGCAUCACAUGGCCACUGCUUUGCUUUGAAUAUGAUGGGAACUUCAUCCAGAAGUUCCAGCAUGAGCUAAGCACCAAGUGGGUGCUGAAUACGGUGAGUACAGGAGCCCACGUGCUUCUUGGGAAGAUCCUCCAAAACCACAUGCUGGACCUCCACAUUUGCAACUCCAGGUUCUUCUGGCGGGCUCUGGCCGUGCUGCAGAGGUUCUAGGGACAGCCCAAGUCUCGAUGCAUCGAGAGCCUCCUCCAGGCGAUCCACGUCCCUCAACCACUGUCAGAUGAUAUUCGAGCAGCUCCCAUCUCCUUCCACGUCCAGGUUGCACAAGAGAAGGAACAGGUGAUCCCCAUAGCCUUGCUGAGCCUCCUGUUCCGGUGCUCCAUCCCUGAGGCCCAGGCAUACCUGGCUGCAGCUCCCUCUGUCCGUGAGGCUGUCAGGAGCGCCCUCACCCGGCCAGGUCGGAAGCGCAACGCCGACCUCUUGGAGACCCUAGAUCCUGCUGUGCCGUGAACUGGUGUUUCUGGGUGCGUGGAGGGGGCCAGCCCACCCCACGGGGACUUGUUGGGCCAGCAGCACGUGAAGUGGGAGGAGAGGGCCAGUCUCCAGGAGCACCAGCCGCCCAGGCUGGGGAGACAGCGUCUCUCUCCUUUGGGAAGAUCUUGCUGUUCACCCAGUGGUAUCCACUUUCCCUGGCAUAUUCUGAUUUCAGAAAUAAAACUGAAUGUCUUGUUUCAAAAAGUUAGCUUUCUACUGAGAUCAGAGUCAAUAGAUCAGAGGUGGAACAAGAUGAGUGGCAUGGGUCGGUCCCAAUAGCAGUUUUGUUUCUUUAUGUCUCCACCUGCUUCCCAACUCCAUUUCAGUGGUCACUGACACAAACCUUAUUCCAGCUUCUUUAUAUCCCCCCAUCUCCAACACGUAGGUGCACACGUGCACGCACACACACAUACCUCACUCCUACAAAGAAUCACACAAGCAAGGAGAGGUGGGAACUUAGAUAAUUCCAAGGAAAGAGGGAAGAAGUUGUGUCCCCAACAUAGGACACUCAGAAAAUAACAAUCCCAAUUAGGCAUGACAGGAUCAUCACUAGAAUGAGUGCUACAUCCACACACUGGGCCAUAAAGUGAGAGUUGCAUCCCUACCCAGUGUUUGUAAAGGGAACAUAAGGAACUCUGAGGGUGCCAGAGUGGGACCCAACACACACUAGAGACCCCACUCUGAACAUUUUAGACCUCAGCUGUCACCUGUUUUGACAAAUCAAAGGCACCCUCGCUCAUCCCAGACCCAUGCCAGCUCUUCAGUGCCUAUGACUGUGACCAUGGUAGUAGAGAGCUGGCUCCCCCUUGUGGUCAAGAAGUACCUAGGCAAUAGACACUCAGGAACUCUCUGGGGACAAAACCUGUCUGAAGCUCACUUGAACCUUUCUGCAGGAGGGUGACGGCUAAGGAACCAAAUAGAUUUCAGUUUUAUGAAGACAGAGUAUUCAAUCUUUUAAAGACAGCCAUAAGUUCCCUCUCUAUAUCUGUGGGCCUCCGGCCUCUGUCUGAACUCUUUUCCUGUUCUAUUGAUAUAUCUACGUUUACUUUGCUACCUUAGGUCUUUAACCAAUGCCCCUUUCCUCAACACCAUUCCCCUAGUGCCUUCUGACUGCCAUCGAUUUGGUUUUUAUCCUCCACAAACACCUCUUCCUAACUCUACAACUCAAGAGGAGUAAAGUUAGGAAAAGAUCCUGCAGAGGCUCUCAGCUUCUCUUUACCCACAACUCUCCCCCAUGCACUUGAAUUAUGUGAAUUCGUCUCUCAUCCUGGCAUCACGAGCAAGGUCAAGUCAGAGAAGAUACCCAGCUUUCCAGGGCUGGAGGAGGCAGAGCCAACAUGUGCAGUAGCCCUACUCCCACAUGUGGGAUGGAUAGGGUGCAGGGUCAGAUUUCCCCAAGGCUGGAUGCAGAAGGACACUAGAAGUCCAGAGGUUCUUUCUUUCUUUCUUUUUUUUUUACUUGCCAAGUACUUGGAUGGUGCAAAGAUAUCAAGUGAAUUCAAUUCGUAUACAGUUGCAUGUGAUACUCAGGUGUUAUAAACAAGGUGGUAUACUUGCUCCCCUUGGGAAACUUUAGAGGCUGGGCUACACUCUGGCAUUGUAGAGGAGAAAAAAAUGACUAAGAUCUGAUCCCCACCCCCUAGGAACUCACAAGCAGAUAUGAGCAAUUGCAAUACAGGACAGAGAUCAUUGAGGUGGAUUCCAACAGCAGGCUAGGUACAGAGAACUGCCAGAAUUGUUCUGAGGAUAUUACAGGGUAGGCCAAGAAUCAAGGACAGCUUUGGAAGAAGGAGGUUGGGGUGGAGUGAGGGAACAUUCAAAGAAAACCUGGGAAUGUUUGGAGGUUUGCAUGGGUGUGUGGAUCCAAUAUCAGAGAGUCAGGGCAUUGUCAGUGGAACCUGAGCUCUAGGAAGAGCUAAAGAGAUUCAAAGAUUUUUAAAGACCUAUCCAGAUGCAAAAGGUAGGGUGACAACUUUUACCACUGUUUAGAGAAAGCAAAUAUCUGAGGGCAAGA